AUGCAGGAGGAGUUCGAUGCCCUACACCGCAACUGCAUGAGGCAGCUUGUUCCGCGACCCCCUCGUGCCAAUAUCAUCACUGGCAAGUUGGUGUUUCGCCACAAGACUCGCCCGGACGGUUCUCUCGAGCGCUACAAGGCUCGGUGGGUGGUUCGCGGAUUUCGGCAGUGUGCGGGCGUGGACUUCACCGACACCUUCGGCCCGGGAGCUGACACUACAUAUCUGCUGCUCUACGUUGACGACAUCAUCCUCACGGCGUCCAGCCCCGAUCUCCUUCAGCGGCUGACUGCUCGUCUUCGUGAUGAGUUCGCCCUCAAGGACUUGGCCCCCCUACACUACUUCCUCGGCAUCGAGGUGGUCCGCCGGACUGACGGCUUCUUUCUGCAUCAGCAGAAGUACGCCCAUGAGCUCCUGGAGCGUGCCGGUAUGCUUAACUACAAGCCGGCGCCCACCCCCGUCGACAUGAAGGCGAAGGUCUCUGCUCUGGAGGGGUCUCUCGCGUCUGAUGGAGCGUUUUAUCGCUCCAUUGUUGGUGCUUUACAAUACCUGACGCUGACUCGACCUGACCUGCAGUACGCUGUUCAGCAUGUGUGCCUCCACAUGCACGCUCCGCGUGACUCCCGCUGGACCUUGGUGAAGCGUAUUCUCCGGUAUAUACGCGGCACCAUGUCUUUGGGGCUCACCCUGACGGCCUCCGCCUCCACCGACCUCGUGGCCUACUCGGAUGCCGACUGGGCUGGCUGCCCCAAUACUCGACGCUCCACGUCAGGCUACUGUGUCUACCUUGGGCCCUCGUUCAUCUCUUGGUCAUCGAAGCGGCAGCCCACGGUCUCCCGCUCUAGAGCCGAGGCAGAGUAUCGCGCCGUGGCUAAUGCCGUGGCCGAGUGCUCUUGGCUCCGUCAGCUGCUCCAGGAAUUGAUUUGUGAUGUUCAUAAGGCCACUCUUGUCUACUGCGAUAACGUCAGCGCGGUCUACCUUUCUGCCAACCCGGUGCACCAUCGACGUACGAAGCAUAUUGAGAUCGAUAUUCACUUCGUGCACGAGCAGGUUGCCCUUGGCCGUGUUCGGGUUCUUGACGUGCCGACGUCGCAACAGUUUGCUGAUGUGAUGACUAAGGGAUUGCCUACUUCCGUCUUCGAGGAGUUUCGGUCCAGUCUAUGUGUCUCUGACGACGCUUCGACUGCGGGGGGCUGUUGA